AUGGAGGAUAAGUCCAAUGUAACAUAUCUGACUCUUGGUGGCUUUGUAGUGCUGCAUGAGUACAGGUAUCUUUGUUUUGUGGUGAUGUUCACAGUGUAUGUUCUGAUCAUCGGCUUUAACUCCACCAUUGUGUGUCUCAUAGUGACUCACCAAAGCCUCCAUGAGCCCAUGUACAUCUUUAUCGCAGCUCUACUGAUCAACUCGGUUCUUUACAGCUCUAACCUUUACCCCAAACUGCUGGUGGACCUUUUGUCUGAAAAGCAGCUCAUUUCAUUUUCACUCUGUUUUUUUCAAGCAUUUAUAUAUUACACACUGAUAGUUGCAGAGAUCCUGUUGCUGACAGUUAUGGCCUACGACAGAUACGUGUCCAUUUGUAAACCUCUGCAGUAUCCGACCGUUAUGAGAAAAACCACAGUGACUGUGUUUCUGGUCUUGGCCUGGCUGGUGCCUUCGUGUGAGCUUGCAGUGUCUAUGGCCUUUAAUUCCACCUUAAAACCCUGUACCUUUACUUUGAAAGGACUCUUUUGUAAUAAUUCCUUCUACAAGCUUCAGUGCGAGAACUCGCUACCAAUAAGUCAUUUUGGUUUGGCCAUAUUGGUAAAAUCUACAUUCAUCCCUACAUUUUUCACCUUUUUCUCCUACACCAGGAUCCUCCUCAUAUGCCACAGAAGCAGUAAAGAAGUCAGGACCAAGGCUGCUUACACCUGCUUACCUCAACUGCUGGUUCUGUUCAGCACAAUAUGUUUAGGAUUAUACGACGCGCUUGAGGUUCGGCUGAAUGUAGACGUCCCAAAACUUACUGAUGUAUUAUUGACUUUACAAUUCAUGGUGUACUACCCGCUCUUUAACCCAAUCAUCUACGGACUGAAAAUGAAGGAGAUUUCUAAACCCCUCCGGAAGCUGUUGUUUAAUGUGGAGUUACAUUAG